AGGUACGUUCCUUUUCUCUUGGUCUCUCGUCCUUUAUUUCCUUUUCUCUUGGUCUCUCGUCCUUUAUUUCUAGGGUUAGCGUUUGUAGUAAACUUAGAAUUAAGGGUAUUGACUGUUGCAAAUCUGUUCCUGACGGUUGCUGAUCCGAAGAUCUAGCGGUUCGGUAAUUUGUUACUGUUUCAGCAAUUUGCAUAUCUUGCAAUGGCAGAUGCUCAUGAAACCGAUAAGAACAUUGAGAUAUGGAAAAUUAAGAAGCUGAUCAAGGCACUGGAAGCUGCUAGAGGCAAUGGCACCAGCAUGAUCUCUCUUAUUAUGCCUCCACGCGAUCAGAUAUCAAGGGUUACAAAGAUGCUGGGGGAUGAGUUUGGAACUGCUUCAAACAUCAAAAGUAGGGUGAAUCGUCAGUCCGUCCUUGGUGCGAUUACAUCUGCUCAACAGAGGCUUAAGCUUUAUAAUAAGGUUCCUCAGAACGGACUAGUGCUUUAUACAGGAACAAUAGUAACUGAAGAUGGGAAAGAAAAAAAGGUUACUAUUGACUUUGAGCCCUUCAGGCCCAUAAAUGCCUCUCUUUAUCUCUGUGACAACAAAUUCCAUACAGAAGCUCUGAAUGAACUUCUAGAAUCUGAUGACAAAUUUGGUUUUAUUGUUAUGGAUGGGAAUGGGACCCUUUUUGGGACGUUAAGUGGCAACACCCGAGAGGUGCUUCACAAAUUUACUGUUGAUCUUCCAAAGAAACAUGGAAGAGGAGGGCAAUCAGCUCUGCGAUUUGCUCGUCUUCGAAUGGAGAAACGCCACAACUAUGUGAGGAAGACAGCUGAGCUUGCCACACAGUUUUAUAUCAAUCCUGCCACCAGCCAGCCUAAUGUUUCAGGAUUAAUUCUUGCUGGGUCAGCUGAUUUCAAGACAGAGCUAAGUCAGUCUGAUAUGUUUGACCCUCGUCUUCAGGCAAAAAUACUAAACGUAGUAGAUGUUUCUUACGGAGGAGAAAAUGGUUUUAACCAGGCAAUUGAGCUGUCCUCUGAGAUCCUAUCCAAUGUAAAGUUUAUACAGGAGAAGCGCUUGAUUGGGAAGUACUUUGAGGAAAUCAGCCAGGAUACCGGCAAGUAUGUUUUUGGUGUGGAGGACACUCUGAAAGCUUUGGAAAUGGGUGCUGUUGAGACACUCAUUGUCUGGGAAAAUCUGGACAUUAAUAGGUAUGUUCUGAAAAAUAGUGCUAGUGGUGAAAUUGUCAUCAAACACUUGAACAAGGAGCAAGAGGGCAAUCAGAGUAACUUCCGGGAUCCAGCCGCAUCUGCCGAAUUGGAGGUACAGGAGAAAACAUCACUGCUCGAGUGGUUUGCUAGUGAGUACAAACGUUUUGGUUGCACUCUAGAGUUCGUUACCAACAAAUCACAGGAGGGAUCUCAGUUCUGCAGAGGUUUUGGUGGAAUUGGUGGAAUCCUCCGAUACCAGCUUGACAUGCGAUCAUUUGAUGAGCUUUCUGACGAUGGAGAAACUUACGAAGAUUCUGAUUAGCAAUCAAUCCCCUCUAUCUCCAACGCCGGUGCCAGGAGGGGCGGAGCUUGCACCGGUCCAGGAGUUGUCGCUGGGAUCAUACCCAACAAGUUUUAAGGAAUUCUAAUCAAGUUGGAUAAAUCUAUCUGGAUGAGAAAGAUUGUCAUUCCUUUCUUCUAUGUGCUUUGUAGGAGAUCAUAAGCUUGCUUGCUUUUUUUGCAUCAUCUUGGUUGUUGGUUGGAUCAAGACCCUGAAGACUUUAUGAACAUUUUUCGUAACUCUAUAUAUUGUGAAAAACUUCUUUAAAUGGUACUGUUCUAUGAGGAAGUUGCAUACAGUACGGUCUAUAAAUUUGUUUAUAAAGCUGGAGUUUCUAAUUUAUGCAAGAAGGUUUCUGCUGAAUAUAUUUGUCAUGUAGUAUCAUGACCAUAUGAUUGAUGGGUGGUCUAGUCGGGUGACCGUGGAAUACUGUAAUAAAGAGUGAUAUUGAAGUUAAAUUGCUUGGCUUGAAGUACAGUUUAGAUAUUUGUGAAUGAGAUCUUACUGAUGCUUGCUUUGUUCUUGGUA